GGCCGUAUCUCUCUCUUUGUCGCCAGGGUUUGCCCUUUUCCAUCACUGAAGACACUUGUUAGGUUACGUCUCAUGGUUUAACUAGGGUUUUGCAGCUUUCAUAUUCAUUUGUCGACAAAACCAGAACGAGAAGGAGAAGAAGAAACUGAGCUUCACCGAAUAUAAUAACAAAUGGGUAAGAAGCGAAAACACAGCGAGACGGUGGUUCCGGCACCAAAGGAAGACACUGCCCCUGAAAGACCCAAGCGGACGAUUAUGGGAUGGAAAGACAAGACCCAAGUGAAGGAACAGACUGAUUCUGCUGUUUUUAGAAACAAAGAGAAAAUCCUUGUUACUUGUUCACGCCGCAUCAGUUACAGGUAUCGGCAUUUGAUGUUGAAUGUUGUUUCUCUCUUGCCACAUUGCAAGAAGGAUAACAAGGUUGAGUCAAAGAGCAGUAAAGGGGCAACGCUGAAUGAGCUUGUUGAGCUAAAAAGCUGUUCUUCUUGCCUAUUUUUUGAGUGCAGGAAACGGAGUGAUUUGUAUCUGUGGAUGGCCAAGUCCCCCAGUGGUCCCUCUGUGAAAUUCUUAGUUAAUGCUGUGCAUACAAUGGAGGAACUGAAGCUCAGUGGAAAUCAUCUAAAAGGGUCACGACCUCUCUUGACUUUCUCUGCAAAUUUUGACAAUGAUGCCCAUUGGAAACUCAUCAAGGAGAUAAUCAUUCAGAUUUUCGGAACUCCAAAGGAGCAUAGGAAAUCAAAGCCUUAUCAUGAUCAUGUCUUUGCUUUCUCCAUUCUUGAUGACCAUAUUUGGUUCCGAAAUUAUCAGAUAGAUGUUCCUCAUAACGAAUCUGAUAAACUUGCUCGAGGAGGCCUUGAUAAAAUGACUCUUGUUGAGGUCGGUCCAAGAUUUUGCCUUAAUCCCAUAAAAAUAUUUGGUGGCAGCUUUGGUGGUCCAACACUUUAUGAGAAUCCGUUUUAUGUAUCCCCAAACCAGAUUAGAGCAUUGGAGAAGAAGCAGAAGGCUGGUAAGUAUGCAAAGAAAGUCAAGGCAAAAACUAGGAGGAAGAUGCAUGAGCUUGAAAAUCCACUGGAGCCAGAUGAGUUUGCUGAUAUGUGGAAAGAGUGAUACAUAUCUGACCUUUUAUUCUGGUGAAAGAAAAAGGGCAUAAAUUUUACUUAUAUAAUACUGUGUCCGUGUGAAAUUGUGGUAAUUGAUAUUUUAUCUUGCAUUUCCCAACUCUUUGAUUUUGUCUUGCAAUGAAUAAUCAAUCAAUUUUUUUUUGUUGAGUGAAUUCAUGUUUUGGUUAGCUAAUGAAUGAUUGUAACAUUUCUUGAGAAGCAAA